AUGUCUUUAGCCAAAGACCCCCAGGACUGGACAGUUGACGAGAUUGUUACAUUUAUCUGCCAUGACAAGCCUGGGGACUGGUCAUACAAUUUGGCUUCCCCAGAUCUUGUGGCUCUGGAGAGCUCUCUCCGAGAAAACUCCAUCUCUGGCUCAAGUUUUCUCGAGAUCACAGACGAUCAUGUCAAAGAACUAGGCGUGAAGGCUAUUGCGCAACGCCAGUAUAUCCUCAAAGCCAGUAAAUGGUUACAACGACGAUCGACAAAGUUCCAAUUAGAGCAGCAGCAGCCUCCCCCCAAUGCACAUCCCGAGGAACAGCAACUUUCACUAGAAUGCCUCGAUGAUCCUAUUAACGCCACCCCACUUCUUGAUAAUCCUGCCAAUAACGCCUCUCUUGAUGUUCCCAUCAACCCCACUGUCUCUCUAGACAUUCCCUCCGACCUCAGCCCUCUUCCUGCUGGCCCUUCACCGGCCAAAACGGGGGAAAAGAGACCUCGCCGGAUGGAGCCCACUAUUGUGGAACAACCACCCACAUCUUCUCCCUUGAAGAUAGGUCUAGCUCACGAACUACCUGAUCCGACUCCCGCGGUUGGGCAAGAAGAUUUCUUUGAUUAUCUUGCAAAGGCUUAUCCCCCGAAUGAUGCUGAUGUCCUCCCAUUCUUUGGAGAAUCAAGCUCCGAAAGUGAGUACGAUACCGAUAGUCGCGAGGAAAUGGAAGAGGAUGAGGGACAACCCCGCCCGGAUACUCCCCUGGAUACUUCUGAGACCCUGGAAGAUGCCGAAUUCAAUGAAAUCGUCGAUGAAUACAUUAGCGCACGGAAAACAUAUUUUGACGAAAUUCGGCUGCCAAAAGAGCUGCCAAAGGGAUUUCAAAUUUGGAUCAACGGUCAGCAGCUCCCGAACAUGAAAAAUCGAAUUUCGACACGGCUCGCCCACCUGGAGAAACGUUGUCAAGACCUCCGUCAAGCACUUGCCGAGGCGCAACAUUCAUCCCGUUCAUCUUUACUUCAAGCAUGUGCAUGUCUUGACGCCACUGUCGUUGAUAUUUUCUUGGAUAAAUGGAAGUUUUCUGUUCUCGAGCAACCUACACCCCCGCCAAAAGUUGCUCGUCCGCCACGAACCCUACGGCCAGCUAAACCCGAUGUGAAUCUAGACGGCGAAGAGACUUUGAGUUCGGAUUCGACUUCUGAUGUGGAUUCGGAUUCGGUGUAUGACACCGGAGAAGAGGCGGAAGAUGAAUCAUCAGAGCAAUCGGAAGAUAGCGACCUUGCAGACUUUAUUUCCGAUCCCGAAGACGGCGUCGCUGCACGAGAUAAAGAAGUCUCACUUCCUCGCGCAGCUGUUCAAGGUGGACCGUUCCGCGACUACUCUUCAGAUGAGGACCUCAGCCAUCUCUUCUAUAAAGAAGAGAAUUACGAACCCCCGGUCGCCAAGAGGCGCCGCCUAGAGAGAGAUAGCGUCCACCAAGAUGAUUCAACUUCGCUACUAACGCCGAUGACAAUUCUACCGUUUGACCGGGACGUGGCGCUGCCCUCGAAGGAGUGCGAAGCCAAGACCCAGAUAGAGGAAAAUACGUAUCCUAUUAACCCGAUGGGCCGCCAAACACUUGAAUCUAUGGUUUCGACAAGUGACAAUGACAGUGGAACCGAUGAGGCUGUGCGUCUUUUUGACGACGUUUCUCAUAUGGAAUGGCCAAGUAUGGAGGAGAGUGGAAAUCGCCUUCACCUGCUAGCAAAAGCCCUCUUAGCUCUGCCGAAACACCGGGUCAACCAAAUUUCAACGCUUCUCGUGGAUUAUAUGCCCUGGGAUUAUCCAGAAUUUACGCGAGACGCGCUGAAAAACAUGGAAAAGAGUAUACCGGCAAUGGCGGGAGUUGAUCCUGACGAGAGCCAUUGUAUCAUGUUGAUGACCACUAUGUUCUUGUCGUGGAUUAAUGUUACCCGUAUCCCUUCCGGCGGCGUACCAGAAAACCAGAUCAAGACUGCGCUUGCAGCGAUGGAAGAGGACCUUGGUGAAGAUCAAAUCUCACCAUUCUUCGAAUCCUUGAAUGAUCUUGUUAAGGGAUACAGAAAAUGGCAGGCUUCGCGAUCUCAUGUCCGGUCUAAUGAACAGGAACCCCCCCAGCACCAGUUGCCAAAGCGCAAGAGAAUGGCCCCAUCGAUGACUCUGAAUCGGGCUCAAAAAGCUGGCCAGCAACGACAGGCAAGACAAAAUGAGGCCAAACGGGCCCUCCGAUCCCGAGUUGACUAUGAGCACCUACCCGCAAAGCCAGUUUCAUUCCGGGAUCCUGUUAUAGAGAUUGAUCCAUUUAUCGGCAGCCAGAUUCAGCCACAUCAGCUCCAUGGGGUUCAGUUUAUGUUCCGGGAAAUUGUCGAGAACAAACGACCAGAAGGGUGCUUGUUAGCCCAUACCAUGGGGCUGGGAAAGACCAUGCAAGUAAUCUCACUUCUAAUUACUAUUUCCACUGCUGGGGCAUCGCAGAAUCCGGCCAUUCGAGCCCAAAUCCCCGAAGAAUUGCGACAGCUCAAAACGCUGAUACUGUGUCCGGCAUCACUUAUUCAGAAUUGGUGCAGGGAAUUUGAAAUAUGGUCCCCCGACGACCACAACCUCGGCAAGGUCCGCCCCAUUCUGGCAAAAUAUUCCAACAUGAUCCCUGACCGAACUGAAGAGAUCCGUGCUUGGAAUGACGAGGGUGGUGUACUGAUCAUCAGUUACGAAAUGUUCCGCAUUCUCACUGGGAACAAUGUGGGCCAGAACGAGGAUCCUCAAAAACAAUCCAUCAAUGAAUAUGUCAAGAGUUUGCUGCUGGAAAGCCCAAAUCUUGUUGUGGCUGAUGAAGCUCAGGUGUUACGCAAUAACACAACUAAGCUUGCUCAGACAACCUGCCGCAUCCGCACCCGGAAACGGAUUGCUUUGUCCGGGACUCCACUAUCUAAUGGCCUAAAAGACUAUUAUUGGAUGGUUGAGUGGAUUGCUCCCGGAUACCUGGGACCCUUUGCUGAUUUCAACGAUACUUUCAUUGUCCCAAUCGAAAAUGGCUCGCAUAUUGAGAGUACCAGGGCUGACCGAAGAGAGGCACUUCAGCGCCAGGAGCUUUUCCUUAGGAUCAUCGACCCAAAGGUACAGCGAGCGGAUAUGUCUGUACUGGCAAACAAGUUGCCACCUAAAUACGAGUUCUCAGUUUACUUCGAGCUGACAGACUUCCAAAAAUCUGCGUACAACCUCGUCAUUGAAGGUAUACCACAAGGCAAGACCGCGAAUGUGAGCUCGAAGCUCCUGUCCUGGCUGUCCCCUAUUAAGCUCUGCUGCAAUCAUCCGGCCCUUCUCAAGGAAAACCUGGAAACCCGAGCAACUAAAAGCGUACCUGAAAGACCAAGAAGUCCCAGUGUUGAUGAUCAUGGCCUUAAUUCUAGCUUGGACGCGACGAGCGAAGCGGUAACUCUUCCACGGUCGACGGUAUCUGAACUGGACGAUCUAUGCAGCAAAGUUCCUAACUUGCUGGAUCCUAGCCUAUCCAGCCGAGUGAUGAUCCUGAAUGAAAUAAUCAACCACGCAAUCGCAGUCGGGGAUAAGGUCCUAGUAUUCUCAUCUAGUAUUCCAACGUUGCACUAUCUGGCGAAAUUGAUGGAUAUAACGCAAAGAAAGUAUCAUCUACUUCAUGGCACAGUGGCAACAGUUGAUCGUCAUGAGAUAAUUCGCAAAUUCAACCAUGACAACUCCAUUCAUGUGUUUUUUGUCUCAACUAAAGCUGGUGGCAUCGGUUUGAACAUCCACGCAGCUAAUCGGGUUGUGAUUUUUGAUUUCCUAUUCAACCCUACCUGUGAAGAGCAAGCGGUCGGACGUGCUCAUCGAAUUGGACAGACAAAGCCGGUCUUUGUAUACCGACUUAUUGCUGGCGGAACCAUCGAGGAGAAAAUGUAUGGCAAGACUGUCUUCAAGAGCCAGCUUGCGGGCCGACUGCUUGAUGACAAGCAUAUCGCUCGGAUGGGGUCGAAAGCCGAGGAUAAAUAUCUGAUCCCCUGGCAAGAGAGUUCCCAGAAAGGUGGUAUUGAUGAACUUGCAUCCGAAAAGGAUGCAGGGAUGAUGGAGAGACUCCGGUCUAAAUGCGCUGAGUCAAUCCUCAGCAUAAAGCUCUGCGGCGACGAGCUUGAUCCUGAAGACAUGUUGACAGUUGCAGAGCAACAAUCUGUGGCAGAGCAGUUGGAACGCCGACGACAACUUCGCUCUGCUUUCCAGUGA